AUGGCUGCCGAGGAUAUGUCAAAUAUCCAAGCAGGAAAUCUCUUCAGUGUUAACGGCCUCGUCGCUGUGAUCACUGGAGGUGGCUCUGGGCUUGGUCGAAUGAUGGCAAGAGCUUUUGCUGCCAACGGCGCCUCCAAAGUAUUCAUUAUUGGCCGCCGCGAAGAAGCUUUGACAGAAACUGCCGCUACUGGACCUGGGAAGACCAUUAUCCCAAUUGUGGGCGAUGUCACUUCCAAGGAGUCGUUGCAGGCCUGUGUAGACAAGGUCAAGCAGUACGUGGACUCGAUAGACGUGCUUAUUGCGAACUCUGGAGCAUCGGGACCCUCAGUGCCAAUCAUGGACUCGGAUCAACAGAGCCUUUCUCUCUUGCAGCUGGCUAAGAACAUGUGGGAGCCCAGUCCAGAGGAAGUGACUUCAACCUUUGCUGUGAACAUCACCGGAGUCCACUUCACUGUCGCAGCAUUCUUGCCGUUGCUCCACGAAGCGAACUUGAAAAGACCCCAGCCGCCCAGCUUGGAUAAUUACAGGCCUCGACCACAAAUCAUCACGACUGGAUCCGUUGGCGCCUUCAAACGAAAUCCUCUGGCGAACUUGUCGUACGGCCCCAGCAAGGCUGGCCUGACGCACUUCACUAAGUCACUCGCAACGACACUGAUACCUCAUGAUAUCAGAGCCAAUGUGAUCGCACCUGGGUUCUAUUACAGCGAGAUGACACAUGACAUGUUCCAAGGUAAUCUUCUAGUCGCUCAUACACUGCUCUCAGAGUGCCGGUAUUAA